GUUAUUCGGAAUUUUCCUUGAUCAGAUUUCGUGAUUUUUGAGUGGCUUUUUGAAAGAAAAAAAAAACCCAAAACGAUGAUGGCGGAACAUUCCGACCCGCUAGACGCGUCGCAACGCGAAGACUCCAACGAGGACCUGUUCGCAUCAGCCAUGGAGAACAUCGAUCCCAAGGACGCGUCCGAGGCGACCUUGUCGAGUCCGCCGUUGCAAGAAGAAGUCCCGCUCAAUGACGACGAAGACGAGGAUGAAGACGAGGAGGACCCGCAGAUGAUCAUACCCGAACCCGCGCCUGCGCCGCCCAAAACCCCGGAAGCACAGGACGAUCAGUUCCUGGAGAUCUCCGUUUCGGAACCGCAGAAGGUCGGUGAAGGCAUGGUGUCGUACGUGGUGUACAAGGUGACCACUCGGACGAACCUGCCGUACUUCAAGCGCAGAAACUCUACUGUCACUCGCAGGUUCUCGGAUUUCUUGGGCUUGCACGAUAAGCUGGUUGAGAAAUACCUGCAUUCUGGUCGGAUCGUGCCACCGGCGCCGGAAAAGAACGCCUUGGGCACGACGAAGGUGAAGAUGAGCAACGACAUGUCGCCACAGAGCAGCACUCCUCCCACUGGCGGCUCUGUGGAAUUCAUCGAACGCCGCCGCGCGAGUUUGGAACGCUUCAUCAACCGUACUGCCGAGCAUCUCACUUUUCGCGCAGACCCGGAUUUCAGGGAGUUUCUGGAAACUGAUGGCGAACUCCCGAAGGCGACCAGUACUAGUGUUUUGAGUGGCGCCGGGUUCCAACGGUUGCUCAAUCGCUUCGGGGAGACUGUGAAUAAGAUGACGUUCAAGAUGGACGAAAGUGAUCCGUGGUUUGAGGAAAAAUCGCAGCAAGUGGAGAACUUGGACAACCAGCUUCGGAGAUUACACACUUCCUUGGAAGCCUUGGCGCAGUACCGACGGGAUUUGGCGGCGUCCACGACGAAUUUCGCUCGAUCCGCCGCCACUUUGGCCAAUUGCGAGGAACACACUGGACUGUCUCGUGUGUUGUCUUCGUUGGCGGAAGUCGAGGAGAAGGUGGAGCAAGUGCACAUUGCCCAGUCGAAUUCGGAUUUCUUCUACAUGUGCGAGCUCGUCAAGGAUUAUAUCGGAAUCAUUGGGGCUGUGAAGGCGGUGUUACAUGAGCGGAUCAAAGCUUAUCAACUGUGGCAACAUGCGCAACAAAUGCUGAACAAGAAGCGUGAGACCAAAGCGCGUCUGGAAAUUGCUGGCAAGACUGACAAAGUUGCUCCUGCCAAAGACGAGGUUUCUGAGUGGGAGGCAAAAGUGGAGCGAUGUCAGGAGAGUUUCGAGAACGUGUCAAAAAUGAUCAAGAAAGAGAUGGACAGGUUCGACCAGCAACGAGUGUCGGACUUCCAAGUCACGAUAGCCAAAUACCUGGAGGACCUUCUUCAACAACAAGAGCAAGUGACGAAGAUCUGGGAGGGAUUCCUUCCGCAAGCAAAAGCCAUCGUGUGAAAUGUAGACGAUCUGAAAGAUCAACAACGGAAACAUUCAGCCGAGCUGUGAAAAAAAACAAAACAAAAAAAGAAACAUAACCCCUACCCUUGGGAUUUGGAUCGUGAGCCGGUGGGGAUGAGAAAAAAGCGGAAGAAGGAAAAAUAAGGAAGAAGAAAAAAGGAAAACUACAUGGAUCUAGUUGUUUCAUCGUCGCUUCUUUUUCCCCUGGCCCCGGGCGUCAUUCCAUGUUUUGCGAAGUCAUUUUAUUUCGCUUGCUUUUAUUUUGUUUUGGGAAACCGUUGCCUUUUCUUGGGGUUUCAUGCGGGAGAUAUUUAUUCGUUCACGGUGCUUUUUGUGCUUUUUUUGUGGACGAACUGUGGCAGAACUAAAAGCAUCUGUGAAUUAAUGUGCCUGAGGGUGAAGCUAGAGUAGGUGCAGAGGUACUUCGUCUCCGAUUCCCUGUGGUUUUUUGGCGAAAUUUCGCUGCAUUGAGUCAUACAAGAAUUUCAUUAGAAAUGUAAUUCAUUCCCUUGAAAAAAAAUUCUGGACUUGAUUUUUGUGAUAAAUAAAAUAAUUCUAUCAAAUAUGUAAUUCGGUGAUUCUGAAUUUUACUUUUGACUUAUAGCGGAAAUUUCUAGGGCAUGGAAAUACGAACUUUCAUAAUUUAUGAUUACUUUUGAAUCCUGCAGUUUGCAUCAAAUGUAUUAAUUUGUAUUUUCGAGGAUUUCAAUUCUUCUCCAAAUUUGAACCUAAUGGGACAAAGAGAGAGAAUUCAAUCAAGAGUGUGAUUCACACGUUAAACAUGUAUGCAGUACAUUCUUACUGAGUUUUUAAAAUGUUCAAUGAAAUCCAAAGUUUGUUGCGUCGACGUCGUGAAAGAUGAAUGUAUCUGCAAAAAAAUAAGCUCGGCGAGUCAAUUUUAAGAGGAAAAAUCUCUCUUAACAUUAUUUUUAAAAACCUAUUUGCAGAUCGUUUUUUGUGGAGGGCAAACAUAACGGAAAGGCAUUUCACUCAAUUCGGGAAGAAAUUUCUUGCGCAGAAAAUUGUUCGUGAAAUUCUCUGGGGCCCGAAAUUUCGAUCGAUGUUGAUGGAAUUUUCGUAAUGGGAACAGUUCGCAGUUGUUUUUAGUUGCCGCAGUUGCGGAAUCUGAAAAUCUUAAAAAUCGACGAUUCUCGAUUAUUUGCGUAUGGCGACGUGGAGUACAGUUUAUUCUUGGUGUGGCGGUUAUUCCUCGAAGAAAGAAAAAGUAUCCUUGAAAGACAAUUAUAGCACGGAUUUUUUGAAA